CUCUUCACUCCUAAAAACCAGCACUCUCUCCUGCAAAAAUGGCCUUUGCAGAACGAACGGCCAGGAUUGCCCCAUCAAACACCUCUCUACUUUCCUCCAUCUCCUCCAUUCUCCAAUCCAUGAAACAAUCCUCACAUCCUCAAUCUCCUACACCAGACUUUCUCUCUCUAAAGCAAUUCAUCCCAAGCCUCAAUCCCCAAAUUGUAAUUCAAGUCAUUAAAUCUCAAACUGACCCUCAAUCCUCUCUCUUCUUUUUCAACUGGGCCUCCUCUCUUUCUCCUCAUUACAGGCACACCCCACCUUGCUACAAUGCAAUCACAGAUACCUUAAUUUCACAUGGCAUGUUUUCCACAGCUGAGGAAUUACUGUUAAAUUCCAAAGGUUUAUCAGAUUUCAAUGUGGCCAAGUUCAUCAAAGCUUAUGGCGAUCGAGGCGACAUUAGGGGGGCCAUUCACUGGUUUCACAGAGUCAAGGUAUGGAAAAUUCCAAGACCUUUAUACUGUUAUAAUGCUCUGUUGGGUGUUUUUGUGAGGGCAAAUAGGAUCAAUUUUGCUAAGGCUUUGUAUACUCAAAUUCUAGAGGAUGAAUCAGUGAAACCCGAUGUUUCGACUUAUACAACUCUCAUUAGAGGACUCUGCAAAUUGGGUUUGAUUGAUGAUGCUAAAAGGGUCUUUGAUGGGAUGGAUUGUAGGCCAAAUGUAAUCACAUAUAAUACUUUGAUAAGUGGGUUUUGUAGAAAAGGGUUACCAUCAGCGGCUGUUGAAAUCUUGGGUUUAAUGGUGGAAGAUAAGGAUUGUUCCCCUGAUACUAUUACUUUUACAACAUUGAUCGACGGGUAUUGCAAGAAUGGGGAAUUGGGUCCUGCUAAGAAGUAUAUGGAUGAGAUGGAGAAGCAUGGGUGUGAGCCCAAUGUUUUGACUUAUAAUUGUUUGAUUAAUGGUCUCUGUAUCAAUGGUGAUAUCAGUGGGGCGAAGAAAAUGAUGUCAAGAAUGAGAUUGAAUGGAAUAAUGGCAGAUAUGGCCACUUAUACCAGUUUAUUGAAGGGUUUUUGUAUACUUGAGAAAUUGGAUGAUGCUGCUAAAGUUCUUGAAGAAAUGGUGAGUAAAGGGUUGAAGCCUGAUAGCAAAGCAUAUGGGGUGCUUCUCAAUGCUUACUGUAAGGUGGGGCGAGCAGUUGAUGCUAUACAUGUGCUAGAAAGAAUGGUGAAUGCAGGAGUUACUCCCCAUGUUUCAAGCUAUAAUGCCAUUUUGACGGUUCUGUGCGAAGGAGGAGAGAUAAAUAGGGCCAUUGAUAUUUUGAACCAGAUGCCAAAGAAAGGGUGCUCACCCAAUUUUGUUUCUUACUCUACUGUGAUUUGCAGUCUGUGUAAAUGCAAAGGUAGGAUGCAAAAAGUUGAGGACCUUGUUGUUGUGAUGCUUAGAAAUGGUCACAAGCCUGAUAUAUCUAUGUACAGUGAGAUGGUAAUGGGGUACUGUGAGAAUGAUGAUUUGGCAAUGGCACUUGGUGUGUUCCAUGAAAUGAUAGAAAAGGGAUUGGCAAUUAAUGUUCAGGGUUUUUCAGCUAUAGUCAAGGAAUUGCGCCAGAACGGAAGGACAUCCGAGGCUGAGAACGUCUUCAAGGAGAUGUUUAGAAGGUGCCAUGUACCUGAUGAGGAGAGUUACGCAAGAAUACUAAAAAAUGUGAGAUAUUAGUGCAGGAAUGUGGUAUUUGCUUUGAACAUGCUUGAUAUGAAAUUCGACACAUAACAAAGAAACCAUAAUGUGGAAAUGCUUGGAGAAAGCGAGCUUGUUCCAUGGUCUGUGGACUAAUGCAGUGACAUUAAGUCUGUAUGAGAGUUUUGAUUGUUAGAUACUAGGUCACUCUUACAAACCCGCUUAUCUACCCCGAAAAUUCAGAUUUGCAUGGGUUAAGUUGCGUUCCAUUUCUGCUUAUGCUUCCUCCCACCAAGCAUGCAUGUUGAGAGAGAGAGAGAGAAGGCGGAGGGAGGAAGAGGGAGAGGGAGAGGGAGAGGCAGGCGGAGGGCAGAGGAGCUAUUCUUGUCAGUUGCUCAGUAAAAGCUCUGAGUUUCCUUGAUGAUCCUUUUUGGGCACGCCCCAAACAGCAUGUUCAUGGCAGAUUGAACAUUGAAAUGGCACUCGUAGCACUAUGCCUUUCGAAUCACGGUACCAUUAGGGCUGUUUGGGAGGCUCUUUUCCAGGUCAAGCAUGUAAGUUGAGAGAGAA